GCGUUUCUGCACAUCACGUGACUGAUCCCAUUCAGCACAACGCACUAACGAGUGCUGCAGACCGUGUUCACUAGUUAGUGCGCGCUGCGGGGUACGAGACGCGGCCCGGGAGACAGAAACCCGCUGCUGUGUCUCCAUCAUUCAUUCACCCGUCCUGCAGAGCCGAACCGACGCGCCGGUAACACCGGUACUAAGCACACGGACCCGAUCCCGCUGCGGAUGGACGGAACGCGCGAGCUGUGACUUCAGACCGUUGGCUCGUGCAUGUUCGGCUCGGUGUGAUCGCGGUGUGCUCGCGCGCUAUUGUUCGAUCAUGAGUUGUGCUGCGGUGUGGAUCGCGCCACUGCUGCUCUUCAUCAUCAUCAUUCAGAGCGCGGUUCCGUUCCAGGUGUCGUUACAGGAUGAGAACCGCUUGCUGAUGUGGUUGGACGCUGAUGAUGUCACACAGAAUGCGUCUGUGUAUGCGGUGCGAGUGUCUGGAGAGGCGCGCACACACACGCUGUUGUUCUCGAGAGCGAGUGAGGAUCAGACUCUUCCACAACCGCUGAUGUUUAACGCUUCGUAUCACGGCCUGUGUUAUACCAUCUGUCUGAUGCUGGACAACAGCUCCAAACCGGCUAAAACCAUCAGCCUUCUCACCGAGCCUCUUCCUCUAGACGCUGUGCAUGUGUCUGAUUACGCUGCGGCUCCAGAGACGGCUGUGGUGUUUCACAUCACUUCUCCUGAGAGGAACAUCUACACACGAGUGAACAUCAGUUACACAGAGGCUCAUCACCAACAUUACAUGCUUUAUAAAGAUUUCUCUAAAGGUAAAACGGUGUUCAGGCAUUGGCUGUCGGGCACGUGUUACAGUAACAUCACCUUCCAGCUGAUCUCUGAGGUGACGGUCAACAGAACCACGCUGAUGAAACGCAGUGAUGUUACUCAUCGACCUCUUCUUCACAGGAUGGUGCCCAAUCCUCCGCUCAACGUGUCCUUCAGAGUCAUUCAUCUCAGCGGCAGAGGAGCUGUUCUGAAAGCAUCCCACAAUGCAUCUCUUCCUCGCCGGGCUCGUGACGUUGCCGAAGACCGUGACACAAACAGUGAGAGCGUUACUCAAGCGCCUCAGAACAGCAGCUCUGUGACUGAUGUUGAUCUCGUACACGAGAACCACACCGAAGCGCUCCGGACUCAACCCACGGGAAGUCCCGCCCCCGCUGAGGAGGACGACGACUUCAUCAACGCUCUGAUUCCAGAAUACGAGGAUUCCAAUGAACCCGGAUCGGCUAUGAAUGUGAACUUUGAAGCGACCGUGACGCCCAGCCACGUGUUGCCCAUUCUCCUGGAGCUGCGCUGGUCACCGCCCGCUCCUCCAACGUCAUACGAUGGGUUUAACGUCUACAUCUACCUUGACGGGAACUCCAGUGAGACGGCGACGUUGGACGAGGACACUCACGAGUUCUUCAGUGAACUGUCAGAAGCAGGAGUGUACGCCGUUCACGUGACGACGCUCAGCUCGUCUGGAGACUGUGAUGUCAGAGAGAGUUCAGCAGACAGCGGAUUCACUUUCUACCUCGGUGCGUCUGGUGAUUGGAUGGAGCAGCCUCAGGAGCGUCCGCGUGCCGUCAGCGUGAAGAUGUUGGACUCCAGCACAGCUGCCGUCUCGUGGGCUCCGUCACGUCACAGAUAUAACGGCAGUCUGAUCUCGGUUCUGUCUCUCACGUGUAUGCAGCCCAGCAUCAGUCAGCGCAUGGAGAGCACGUACUGCUCUGAGGAGAACAUCACCAGUGAUGUCAUCACUAAUCUGACCCCCGGCGCUCAGUACAGAGUGAUGGUUUAUCACACCAACGGACCGCUGGUUAGCCCCGCCUCCGAGCCCGUCAUCAUCGAUAUAGAGCCGACGGGGGUUCGUGAUCUGGUGGUGUAUCCUCUCAGUCCCACGGCUGUGAUUUUGAGCUGGCAGAGGCCGUAUAACGUGGCCUUCCGUAAAUACAUCCUGCAGACCUUCUUCUUCAAUUCAGCCGCGCAGACGUCACAGUGGACCACAUACUACGAGAUCGCCGCCACCGCGUCUGUCAUCGCCUCGGUGAGAGUGACGGAUCUGUUGCCGGCGUGGUACUACAACUUCCGUGUUACCAUGGUGACCUGGGGUGAGCCGCCCCUGAGCUGCUGCGACGGUUCAACCGUGAGCUUCGUCACAGCUCCCGAGGCCCCUCACAUCUCGUCUGUGGAUUACUCUCACGGGACGCUGUACGUGCGCUGGACGUAUGGAGAUCUCUUCACGGACCUGUCUCACUCUCGGAUGCUGCACUGGCAGGUGGUGGCCGAGGGCAGGAAAGGCUCCAGGAGGAGAUACGCUGUAGAUGUCACUCGUAACAUGAUGAAGGCGUCUCUGGCUCUUCCACCGGGUGACAUCUAUAACCUGACAGUGACCGCCUGCACGGAGAGAAGCCGCAACACAUCAGUGCCUCACAUCAUGAAGCUGGAUCCGGCUCCUCCGAAGUCUCUGUAUGCAGUGAACACUACAGACACCAGUGUCACGCUGCUGUGGACUGAAGACGGUGUGGUGGAUUUCUAUCAGGUCAUCUGUAGACAGCUGGGACACAACACACAACACAGAGUGGUAGAGCCGCUGGUCGCCGCUGCACAUGUUCUGACGGUGUCUGGUCUUCAAGCGUCCACCUCAUAUAACUGUUCUGUGAUCAGUACAAGUUACAGCAGCUCCAGUGAACCUGCUCACAUCAGCAUCACCACAUCAGUGCGUGAGAUGAACCCGAGUGUGGCAGCGAUCUCAGCUCUGGCGGUUCUCAGCGUUCUGUUGAUCAGUCUGCUGGUUCUUCUGCUGCUGGUGUUACGAAAGAAACACAUGGAGUUAAACCGAGAGUGUGCUGCUGAAACCUUCGUCAACUUUGCGUCUUUUGAACGAGACGGAAAACUUCCAUAUAACUGGCGCAGGAGUCUGUUUGCGUUCCUCACGCUUCUCCCAUCCUGCCUCUGGACUGACUAUCUUUUGGCCUUUUAUAUUAAUCCGUGGAGUAAAACAGCCCUUAAGAAGAGAAAAUUAACCAGUCCGGUUCAGCUGAAUGAUUUUGACGUUUACAUCAAAGACAUGAGUAAAGAUUCAGCGUACAAGUUCUCUCUGCAGUUUGAGGAAUUGAAGAGUGUCGGUCUGGAUUUGACUCAUGAAGCCGCUGAUCUGCCCGUCAACAGACCCAAGAACCGCUACACCAACAUUCUGCCCUAUGAUUUCAGUCGAGUUAAACUCAUCUCACUGCACAAUGAUGAAGGUUCAGACUACAUCAAUGCAAACUACAUUCCUGGUUAUAACUCUCCAUACGAGUACAUCGCCACGCAGGGGCCGCUUCCCGACACCAGGAAUGAUUUCUGGAAGAUGGUUUUACAGCAGAAGUCUCGCAUCAUCGUCAUGCUGACGCAGUGUAAUGAGCGCAGGAGGGUGAAGUGUGAUCAUUACUGGCCGUUCACAGAGGAGCCCGUGGCGUACGGUGAGGUGACGGUGGAGAUGAUGUCAGAGACGGACUCGCCCGAGUGGACCAUCAGGAACUUCAGACUGGGAUAUGCUGAUGAAACUCAAGAUGUUUUACACUUUAACUACACGUCAUGGCCCGAUCACGGUGUGCCCACGGUCAACGCCAUCGAGAGCAUAUUACAGUUCGUACAGAUUGUCCGACAGCAGGUGAACAGAACUAAAGGACCCAUCAUAGUGCACUGCAGCGCUGGCGUGGGUCGAACCGGCACGUUCAUCGCUCUGGACCGUCUCAUGCAGCACAUUCAAGAACACGAGUAUGUUGAUAUUCUGGGCCUGGUGUCAGAGAUGCGCUCACACAGGCUCUCAAUGGUCCAAACUGAGGAGCAGUACGUGUUUAUCCAUCAGUGUGUCCUGCUCAUGUGGAAGAAGAAGAAACAUCUGUCCCACACCAGUGAUGUCAUCUACGAGAACGUCAGCAAGUCUUAAUGAGGUCCUGCUGUCGUUUCCCAUCAGUGUUCAGAGAUGAGCGACGUCAACACCGAAACCCAACAAACCGACAGCCACACAGGAGAAGAUUUCCCUCAGCCCCCCCCACACUCUUCAUCUGCAGCUGCAGUCAAAUGCCUUAAAAGUCUUGCAUCAUUCUGCAGCUGUCACCUGACUGCAUGACCUGCAGUUUCAUUCACCUUUACUCUCUAGUUUCUCUGUGCUAAUCUCAGGAUCAUCUCCACUCUCUGCUGGACACAGAUGAUUCAUCACAUCUCCUGUGGUUUCAGACGUGAUGUUCUUUCAUAUUCCAGCACUGCCACACACACACGCAGUAUAUGUGAAGAGUGUUUGAUCUGAUUCCACGUUCAAAAGACCUUUAAGUCACUCGCACGUGUGUGUUAAAGCGAGUACAGCGGAGUAUCGACGGUUUGUCUUGCACUGAUCAUAUCUGUUACUGUAAAGCGUGUCAUGUUUAGAGAGAUCUGCCGGUAGCUGCGCUUCUGUGACUGUGGAUUGUGUUUUUAGAGUCUCUGCAAUGCAAAACCUGCGUAUCAUGUAACCUCAACAACACGGACCUGCUGCGUCAACAUCUGAAGAACAGAGACGACUGACAGCAAACGCACGCUUGUGUUUCUUCAUCCAGACUGUGAUGUUGAGCAGCUCGUAUCAGAAUCCUGCCAGUUUAAACUCCAGCUGCUGUUGAACGUGAGCUCUCGAAGCACCUGAAACGCCACAGAUCAUCCCACGGUGUGCCGAGUUUGACCGUUGCAUGCUGCAAAGUGAAAGAAGUUACUUUAGUGUCAUCGUUAGGUUUAGCCUCAAGUUUUUUAUUUUAGCAGACUUGCCUGUUAUCAAACAUCUGGAGGUUACAGACGGAUAAAGACUUUCAUUACUGUACAUUUGGGCAACAGCUAGAACGAGUUUUAUAAUGCAACAAUAAUUAGACGGUGAGUGAAAUACUGUAAUGUAAAUACUGUUGGUUUCUACUUGAAAUGCUGUAUUGUGUGAAAUGAUGUGGAUGACUUGACGUGACUUGAAGGUAUAGAUCAGCCAAAAAUGCAAAUACCUGUCUUUUAUUUACACUCAUGUUGUCAUACAGGUUUGUAAUGACAUGGAUGAGUAAAUAAUGAAAGCAUUUUUAUUUUUGGCCGUUUUACAUGAGCGCAGAAGCUGGUCAAAUAGAGAAACGGUUCGUGUGAGGUGUGAAUCUGUAUUUAGACACAACUGUUGUCUGGAUCAGGAUUUGGAGUUAUGACAAGGCAAAGUCAGUGUUUGAGUUUUCGUUAGUGUUUGUUCAGGUCAAAGCCUUUUGGCUUCAUUCUUGUGUAUUGUGAUCAACUCACCAUCAAAGUUUCAAUGUGUGUGUUUGUUUGUUUGAAACAAAUAAAAUAAACAUUUGAGUACUUAUUCGUA